GUGGCGAUCCUGCCCUAGGCAGGGAUGACUUCAUGCGGUGGGUCUGGGCAGCUGAGCAGCUGCUGCAGCCGGCAGGUGGGGUGGGGGCCGCGGUGACCGUGCACACCCCAGUGGAGGCUCUGCCGCCGGACUGCUGCGGGCUCCAUGGACGUGAGCUGACUGGAUCCCGAGAAGGAUGAAAAAAGUCCUCAAAGGGAAACAUUCUGCUGAUGUGGAAGAAGUGAAACAAAAACUGGCAGAAGCAAUAAAAGGCAUCAAAAUCGACGAGUUCGAAAACUGUUUUGCGCAGUGGAAAAAAUAUCUUGAAAGGUGUAUUCCAUCCAAUGGAGAGUGCUUUGAAGGUGACUGAAGUAUAAAAAUUUUCUUGAGUUUCUGGGAAGGCCUGGUUUCCCCAAAGGAGCAAUUUCUGGUAGAAGUCUGAAGGUCUGAUCAAAGAAAAAAAAUCCAGCAUAGCCAAUGAAUUAAGGACAAGAAGGUUUCCACUCAGUCCCUGCUAUGCGGAUAUUUGUUAGCAAUGACUGAUGUGGAAACCACAUAUGCAGAUUUUAUUGCUUCGGGAAGAACAGGUAGAAGAAAUGCAAUACAUGACAUCCUGGUUUCCUCCGCAAGUGGCAACAGCAAUGAAUUAGCCUUGAAAUUAGCAGGUCUUGAUAUCAACAAGACAGAAGGUGAGGAAGAUGCUCAACGAAGCUCAACAGAACAGAGUGGGGAAGCUGAGGGGGAAGCAGCCAAAUCUGAAAGCUAAUACCCCACUUUUAUCUUCCUCUACCUGACCAUGUCUCAGCUCUCCAGGCCUGGUUGGAUUGCAUUUGUAUACAUGAGCGACAAAGGGAGAAAGAACAUGGUUGUUCCACACAGCAGGAACCUGCUCGCUGUCAUGUUAAACAUGGGGGCAGAGGCUCUGGCUGCAGACAGACUCUUCUCUGCCCUUGUCAUUAGCAAUGGCUGAAGUCAUGUGGCUUGUGUCUGGACAUCAUUAUGUAUGGAUCCUUUCACUUGACCACAUGAUGAAAUGCUUGUAGACAGUAGCAGUGACCUAGAUGAUGAUUCUCCCUAUAGCAUCUGGCCCCUCCCAAUGUCAGAGGAUUUAAUUGUGUGUAAUUGCAAAGGGUUGGUUGAACCCCAGAGUUUAACUAUCUCUGGCCCAAGUAUUCACCCAGUAAGAAUACCAUACAGAAAGCACUGUUUUUAGCAUUUUGUGUCCAUGUGUUCCUGCUGUGUUACUUACACUCUUUUGUAUUGUACAACAGAGAUGCUCGGCACUGCCCUCUUCUUUGAUUGCUCAUGAAAAACAAAAAUAAUGUACAUUACUGUGAAUUUUUAUACUACUCAUUUUUUAAAGGGCUGUCUUUUUUUCUUUUCCAUAGUGUGGUGGUGUACACAGGAUAGAACAUACUUUUUUUAACAAUCUUUCCCCUUGAUCCACUGCUGAUGGAUCAAUUAAGUCUAAUAGAUUCAAUAAGACUCCUUUGCUUUUUAUGCAGGCAUUUGGAAUUUUCCAUUAAUAUGAAUAUUACCUGAAAUCAGUUUGUUUGGUGUCUGCACAGACCAGAAUUUCACCUGCAAACCUUGUUUUAUUCCCAAGUGGAACACUUUUCCCAACUAAUAUUUUUAUCUUUAAUUAUGAGGAUUUAAAGAAUUGGGAAGGUAGAAAAGAACAGCCAAGAUAAUAAUAACUAAUAGAAAUGUUUUAUUCUUAUAGAAUCAAAUUUCUCACAAUGCUGUAUUUUUCUCACAAUGUUUAAAUUUGGAAGACAGCACAGGAAAAUGAAAAUAAUGGAGAAAAUGAUCUCCUUGCAAUCAUGUGGACACCAAUCACAAAGCUAACACCCUUGUGUUGUGUUUUUCUUGUCCUUUUUCAGCCCUAUCAGAUCCAAAUAUUAUUAUGCACUUUUUAAUGUUUGUAAACUUUUACUAAUAACUAGUGUGAAUUACAUUCUGAUAUAAUAAUCAUCAUAAUUAGAAGCUAACAAAAUCCUCAUUAAUAUUGUUGAUGGCCUCAGCUGUGUUUUGACAUCAUGGUUCUUAUUUGGAAAGUUUCUGUAAGCUGUGUGAUCCCUCUGGUCAGUAUUAUGAACUCACUUAUCAGUGAUAAUAAAUUGGCUCAUGAAUUACUGAACAACAGGAAGAACUUUACAAUAAAGAGCCCACUUAACUGUCCUCAAAGUCUUAGAAUAGUCCCAUGUAAAGCAGGCUAAACAGCAUUUCAACAGGUAGCUGUAUAAGGACUUACCAAGAACUCAUCCCUCCUUUGUACUUGCAAAUGAGAUGAAAGAUAAGUCUGCCCUCACCCUUUCCCUUUACAGUACUUUUCAAAUGAGAAGGAUAGUGGGGCAUAGGUAUCAUUUGGUCCUCAAUCAUAGAUUCCUAGGGGGAAAAUGUUAUAGCAUGAGUCUCCCAGAAAAUAGAAGAAAAAUUAAGUUUUAAAGUACUACCUUCUAUCUAAACUGUUAAGAGUCCAACAUGUCCAAUUAAAUUCAAACAAAUCUACCUAUUAAUAGACUUAUAAGUGGGAAAAUUGGUUUCUGAGGCUAUUUUAGACCAUCUCUGGUAGUCCAUUUAAAACAUCCAACCCAUAAAAUGACUUUUUCAAUAUCCUCAUAGCUUUAUUGUGAAUCUAGGUUAAGUUCUCUUCACUCUUAAAUUUGUGGAAUUCCACUCUGAUUUCAUGUGGUUUUAUGUAGUUUAGGACUAGUGCUGAGUAUAUGUAGAGGAUGAUGUUCCUAUGUGAUAUACUAUGAUUAAUGCAUGUGGUGUCAUGCUUGUCUUUGAAUAUAUAAUAGUGCUGAAUUGCAAAGUUGUAUGGAGCUUUAGAAUUAUUUUGACCUCUUACUGCUGCUUUGUCUGCUGUAUUCAAACCCAGAGGCAUUCCCAAGCUGAAAGAUAAAAAUCUACUUUCCAAAACAGCUAUUUUACAAAUGUUACACAGCAAAAGUUCACAGUAUCUACCAAAUUUUACUGUAAUAUACUUUACUUGCAAGUCAAUAAUAUACAAGGAAUUGAAUUUUUAGGGAGAGAAGGAAAGUAGAAGUCUAGGGCACUGGCUGAUACUACACAUUAAAUGCCCAUUAACUAACCAACAUACUAAUCACUUCCCAGCACAUAUGCUCCCAUUUAAUCCUCAAAUAGUUCAUUUAAAAAGUGAAUUAUUAGUGUUAUCCCAUUUCACAGAUUGGGAAAUUAAGGCUGACUGAGGUAUAGCUCUCCCAAGUUUAAAAGGCUAACAAAUGAUGAAAUUAAGAUUUGAACCUAUCUUUGUCUCCAAGGAGGUUUCUAUUGCACAGGCCACAAAACUAAAACCAGUAACAGAAUAUGUCUCUCUGGAAGGGAAUAAUGACAGACAGGUGGGUUCAGCCUCCAUAUUUUAGAGAAGGAAGUUGAGUCCAAGGAAUGGGAAUUGUUUCUCUCAAAGUUACCUAUGUAAUGACACAGAUGUGUAUAAAUCAUAGAAAGCGGGCUUUUUAAAAAAUUCAAAUAGUAUUUAUUUUUUGUGUUAUCCUUCCCAAAAGUUAUUUUUCUGGCAUGUAGUCUAUAAAUUUAGCAUUGUUCAGAUGUUUUUAAUGCCCCAUGUCGCCCAUUGAAUUUAACUAGAAAUAGGACACAUUCAGUUUUUCAACUCAUUUGCAACAAAUGUGAACUUACCAGAUUUGCAUUUUAUCAGUUGUAAGCAUCUAUGCCAGAAUAAUGUUAUCAUAAAUGUAUUGAAUUUUUUUCCAAUAGAUAAUAGGCAGCCUUCAAUUUUUAGGCAAUGCCCCAAGAGCUGUGCACUGCAACUCCCUACCCUUGAGUCUUACUCAGACUCAGUGGAAAUACAUCCUUUUAAAAGAUGAAUGACAUUUUUAUUUCUCUUCAGAUAAAGGGUAAAGAAAUGGAACUGCCUGUGGGUAGAAUGCUUUGUGAAACCUAUAGUAAUAGAGGCAAAUGCAUAGUCAUUAAGGGAAAACAAGAAAGGAUCUAUGAUUUAUGGUAUCUCAAUAGGCCCUAAAUUAUUCUUCAAUUAAAAGAGUGGCAGUCUCUGAAGUCAUUUGUGAGCUUGUAUGACUUUUGUAUUUAGCAAUGUUGCAUGCUCACAUAAUUGAUAUUAAAAAGAAUACAUUUUUUUCUGAAAUGUA